CCUCUCCCCACUUGGAUUAAAAACUGUUUCAUCUGGCUCCUGAUGUGAAUGUUACGAUACGAUGCUAUACCCAUCAUGGCUAUGUUGAAAAAUAUCCUCAUCCUUUGUCAGCUUCUUCCAUUAGUCAGGACCAUAAAUACCAUCUUCUUCCCAUGUGACACUGAUGUGAAUACUACCACAGUAGACUGCCACGACAGAUCACUCAAGCAUGUCCUAUUAAUCAAGUCUACCACUGUAGUGUCAAUCAAUUUAAGUCGGACUAAGAUACAGCAAGUGGGGCAGCAUGCUUUCUUAGGUGUCCCAAACCUUCACACUCUAAAAAUAAUGGGGAAUUGUCAACCGGGUAGCCUGAGAGCUUUGGAGGACCGCUCAUGUAAAAUGAAGAUCCACAAUGACGCCUUCAAGAACCUAUCGAAGCUUACAUUUUUGUAUCUGUCAGGAAACAGCCUCACCUCUAUUCCUCGGUUACCUAAAAACCUGACAGUUCUUGACCUACAGAACAAUUGCAUUUUCAACAUUGCAGAACCUUUAAAUACUCCACAUCUCAAAGAGCUCUACCUCAGCAAGAACUGCUUUUAUGCAAACCCUUGUGGCCAUUCCUUUUACAUCAACGAGAGUGUUUUCAGAGAGCUCUCUGAACUCAAAAACCUUACCUUGGGGUAUAAUAAUUUCACAGCUAUCCCUAAAGGAUUGCCACCCUCACUGGAGAGUUUGGAUUUAAGAGAGAAUACAAUCACAGAGGUCUUAGAAGGAGCAUUUGCCAACCUGACUCUUCUCAAGAAUUUGAAUUUGGAGUGGAAUUGCCAGCGCUGCGACCAUGCAGCCAGGCCUUGCUUUCCUUGCCCACACAAUCUCCCUCUACACCUACAUCCAAACUCAUUCUAUGCUGAGAACAGCUCCAUCGACUACCUAAGCCUGAGGGGAAACUCUCUAAAAACAUUUCCAGAGGGACUUUUCCGACCUUUGAAGAACUUAAAGAGGUUGGACCUCUCUGACAAUCUCCUGGCAUAUGCUAUACGUAAUGGCACCUUCUUUGCAGAGCUGGAGGGCCUCACUUGGAUUAGCCUUAUCUAUAACUAUGAACCACUGAAGACAUUUCCGUAUCUAAUCCUCUCCCCAUAUAUUGGCAAUAUGUCUCGUCUACAUUAUCUUCUUCUCAGCGGUAACUUUUUCCACAAGCUUUCAAGCGAGAGCCUUAAUGUUGUGUCCAAACUUCAAAAUCUAAAAAAACUAGAACUGAGAAUGAACUUCAUCAAUACUUUUAACUCGACAUUUCUGAAACGGUUACCGUUUCUCCUCGAUGUAGACCUUUCCCAAAACAUGCUUAAUUUCAUUCCGCGCUGCUCGUGUCUGUCAUCUGAUAUUGUGACACAGGAAAGCUGUCAGAACCAGAACUUGCAUACACAUAAUUUUCCUGACCCACUAAUGCUAAUAGACCGAAAAGCUGCAUCUGGAAGUGAUAUGUGGGAAUCCACCCAGACAAACAGGCUGGACAUAGUGAAGGACAAUGUGCCACAAUUUAAAUCACUAUUUGAUUUCAAAAAUUAUUUCUGCCGCGGUAAACUGACUUUUGACCUGUCUCAAAAUGACAUUCUGUCUCUUACCAAAGAAGUGUUUGUAGGCAUGGAAAAUGCUGUUUGUUUAGACCUUUCCUUCAAUUACAUGAGUCAGGCAUUGAAGAGUGGCCUGUUUGAUCGCAUGAAGAAAUUAGUUUUUCUUAAUAUGUCAUACAAUAGACUUGAUUUUUAUUAUGGAGGCGCUUUCAGUGAGCUUAAUACCACUCUCAAGGUAUUGGACAUCAGUAACAAUGAAUUUCACUUCAAAAUGAAGGGCAUGGGUCAUAGUUUUGAAUUCCUUAAAAAUCUGACAAACUUGGAAGUUCUAAGUCUGGCAAACAAUGACAUUGGGAUGCGAAUAGAUGAAAGGCUGAUCAGCAGCUCGUUGAAGUACCUUUACUUCUAUGGAAAUCACCUGGACAUUAUGUGGGAGUCUGAUAACAACAGGUACACUAAUUUCUUCCAAAACCUGACAAACCUCACCUACCUUGACAUCUCUAACAAUAAUCUGAAAUCAAUCCAACCAGAAUUGCUGUGUAACCUCCCAGAAAGCAUGCAAACCCUCAGCAUCGGCAACAAUCAGCUGAACUAUUUCCCAUGGCAAAAUAUCUCAGCACUCAGCAAUUUAUGUCACCUGGACCUCAGUCAAAACUUUCUCUUUUAUUUGCCUAAUAAAGUCAUAGAAUUUGGAGCUAAUUUUUCUUUCUUGGACCUCAGUCACAAUCGCCUCAGUAUUAUUCCUGAGGAUUUCUUCAGCAUGGCGAAAUCCUUGCACUACCUGUAUCUCAGCCACAAUCAGAUCAAAGCAUUAAACCAUCAGUUUCUCCCUGUCCUCUUUAAAAACGGAAGUGCCCUUCAGAAACUCACCCUGCAUAACAACCCCUUUAAAUGUGACUGUGACACAUCUUGGUUUGCAGACUUCUUGCGUUCUACUCCGGUACAGAUUCCCUAUCUCACAACAAAAGUACACUGUGAUUACCCAGAGUCCCAACAGAGCAUGAGUGUACUGUCUAUGGACCAGCGUUCCUGCCAGGACAUAUAUGGUAGCUUAGCCUUCCUCGUCUGUUCCUUCCUGGCUGUGACUUUCACUGUUCUGCCCCUACUGAAGCAUCUCUAUGGCUGGGAUCUGUGGUAUUGCUUACAGGUACUUUGGGCAGGACAUAAGGGCUACUCCCAGCUCGCUGGUAGUGAUUCACACUAUCACUACGAUGCUUUUGUGGUGUUUGACACCAUGAAUGAGGCUGUGAGGGAUUGGGUCUACAAUGAGUUAAUGGUCAAUCUGGAGAACUCGGGUCACAGGAGGUUUUGUCUCUGUUUGGAGGAGAGGGACUGGAUUCCUGGGCUUUCAUGUAUUGAAAAUCUCCAUAAUGCUGUGUACAGCAGUAUGAAGACAGUGUUUGUGCUGUCCAGUGGUGCCACUGAUGGCAAGACGGUGAACGGUGUGAUCCGCCAGGCUUUCUUCAUGGUUCAGCAGCGGCUUCUGGACGAGAAGGUGGAUUCAGCUGUGCUGGUGGUUUUGGAUGAGAUGUUUCCCAAACUGAAGUACCUUCAGCUGAGGAAACGGUUGUGCAAAAAGUCUGUGUUGUCCUGGCCGAGAAACCCAAGGGUUCAACCCCUUUUCUGGAACCGAAUGAGAAUGGCAUUGUCGUCAGAUAACCUCAAAUUCUAUGACAACAACAUGAGUGAAAGUUUUGUAUGACUUCCUUUUAACUGCUGAUAGAGAUCUAUUUGGUGAAAAAAGUCCUUGUUGUUAAGAAUCUUCUCAUUACCUCAUUUUGAGAAACUUGCUUCCCCUUUAAUUGUGUCACAUAUAAUGGUACUUAGUUAAUGUUUUUAGUAUGUAACUCUUUUUAUUGUAAUUAAAUGUA